AUGGCUGAUUGUAGCUUUGGCAGAAAAAACCUAAAAUGCCCUGAAUGUUCUGGUAAUUCCCAACCAGACAGCAUUAAUAUAUGUUGCUGCAAAAGAAAAGAUGGCUCUGGUUCUGUCAUUUCUGUGGUGGAGACAUCCCAAACUUCAAUCAUCAACAGUGUAGAAUUUCCACUUACAACAAACACCAACAGAAAUAAAAACUCAAGCACUGAAAGCAGCACCAUGAAAGAAUCUCUCAACUUUGAACGUACUUUGGAAGAGUCACCAAUCCUCUCUCCAUCUCUCUCCAUACUCCCAUCCCAGUGGUCAUCCCCAAGCUUAUCCCCAUCGGUGAUUUCACAAGCAUCUUUCCAUCCAAAGGAACAAUUCUCUAGCAAUGGAGAGGUGAGCAGAUUCUGGUCACCCUUAAGAACCUCAGACACAAUUGAGACAUGUAGAAAAGUCUCACAACAACAAUGGACUCGUGCCAGCUCUGCAGAAGGAAAAAUUCCUCACAUGAGGAUGGAAAAUUGCACUGCUAUACAGCAAAUGUAUUCCUUUGGAAGAAAACUGGGACAAGGGAGCUUUGGAGUGGUCACUGAAGUCACACACAAGGAAACAGAUCUCAAGUGGGCCAUGAAAAAAGUGAACAAAGAAAAGGCUGGAAGCUCUGCUGUGAAAUUACUUGAACGGGAGGUGAACAUCCUGAAAAGUGUGAACCAUGAGCAUAUCAUUCAUCUAGAACGAGUGUUUGAAACACCCAAGCGGAUGUACCUUGUGAUGGAACUCUGUGAGGAUGGAGAACUUAAAGAGAUACUGAACAGUAAAGGGCACUUCUCUGAGAACGAGACGAGGCAGAUCAUUGGGGACCUAGGGUCAGCUAUCGCAUAUCUUCACAAAAAGGAUAUUGUUCAUAGAGACCUAAAGCUGGAAAAUAUUUUGGUUAAAAGCAGCUCUAUUAAUGAAAAAAAUGAAACCAACUUUAACAUAAAGGUGACUGAUUUUGGUUUAGCGGUACAAAAGGAGGGCGGAUGUGAAGCCAUGUUUCAGACAACUUGUGGGACUCCUAUUUAUAUGGCACCUGAAGUGAUCAAUGCCCAUGACUAUAGCCAACAGUGUGACAUCUGGAGCAUAGGUGUCAUUAUGUACAUGCUAUUAUGUGGGCAACCUCCUUUUAUGGCAAGCUCAGAAGAGAAACUUUUUGAAUUAAUAAGAAAAGGGGAACUACGCUUUGGACAUAGUAUGUGGGAAUCCGUGAGUGACUCUGCUAAAUCUGUCUUGAAACAGCUUCUGAAAGUAGAUCCUGCCCACAGAAUAACAGCUAAAGAACUGCUUGAUAACCGGUGGAUAACUGGCAAUACACUGACUCCUGUGAGACCCACAAAUGUCCUGGAGCUGAUGAAACAAUGGAAGAACCAGCCUGGAAGUGAUGAAGAGGACCUGGAGGAGCUAAAGGAUGACCUCGCUACCAAGAUACACGUGUAUACAAACUUUCAGCCAGAGGAGAAUGUCAAUGAUGAGAAUGUGACUGAAAAUACUGAUGAUAGGAAUGCCAAAACCCCUCUGCCAGAAAAGCAGGAAUCCCAGGAGGAUCAAAUGAAGGUCAGCAAGAAAAAAAAUAACACAAGUACAUUAGCAAAUGGGACAGUAAAGAAGAAAAAUGCAAACUUGAGGCCAUCUAGUAAUGUCCCUGCUAGUGGAAAAACGGCCAGUCCAAAGCGGAACAUGGACAAUUCAGAAAAUAUGUUACCUCAGGGUUCCCCAUCCUCCAAACCAGUUACACCUUCACCAAAGGGGGAGCUGGAUAAGUCCUCCAUCACCCCAUGCCCAGGAUUGUCACCAAAAAACUACUCCAAAACCCCUGCCACAUCUAAAAUCAAAAAGAAAUCCUAA